UCGUGACCAGACGAAUUACUACCAAACGCAGCAGGGAUUUCUCAGAUGUCUCAAGCCAAGGUUCCUCAUGUUCAGACCGAUUCUUCUUCCGACGACGAUGGACCAACGACAAAGCUAGUUUUUCAUAGGCGCAAAUCAGUUGAUAAGCUACUCGGUGGCCGGAAAGUUUCUGACGUCCUGCUAUGGAGGAACAGAAACUUGUCGGCAGGGAUCCUUGCGGGGGCAACAUUGGUCUGGUUCCUGUUCGACGUGGUGGAGUACAACGUAGUAACGCUCCUUUGCCACAUUGCACUGCUUGGGAUGCUUCUGCUCUUCAUUUGGUCGACCGCUGCGCCUCUCUUUGACAGGCCGCCUCCACAGAUCCCAGAGGUGAUCGUUUCUGAACAAGCGUUCAGAGAAGUUGCACAGAACAUCCACUACAAACUGGCUCACUUUGUGUCAAUCCUGUAUGACGUUGCAUGUGAGAAGGAUCUCAAGAAGUUCCUCAUGGUGAUUGGGUCUCUUUGGAUACUGGCGAUACUUGGAGAUACUUGCAGCUUCACCACACUGUUAUACGUUGGAUUUUUGUGUGCUCUGACAUUACCGGCACUAUAUGAAAGAUACGAAACAGAAGUGGACCAUCUUGUGGCCAAGGGCCAUGAAGACCUCAAGAAAUUCUACAAGAAGGUUGACUCCAAUGUGCUCAACAAGAUACCGAGAGGCCCUGUCAAGACAAAAGUUCUCUAAGAAUUACUCCGUCAAAUUGCCGGCGCAUGCCAUCAGUCCCAUACAUAAAAAUAGUAGCCAAUCACCGGAUCAUUUCAAGUCAACUUUUUAUGCUACCAGAUUGUACAUGUUAGACUACUACUGCAAUGAUCCACCAUACUUUACUGCGUCAACAAUAAACAAGUCUAAAAUUUGAAGUAAUUCAUUAGUAAAAUAAACAGGUAUUGCAAGAAUGUGUAAUUGUUGCCAUAACCAAAGUGGCAAAUAAAAUUCGAGGUCACAGGGUGUAGGAUCGAUGUUUGCAUCAACAAAUAGUAUGUUGCUACUCAUGUU